UCUUAAUAUGACGUCACAAGUUCGAAAUCCAUCAACAACACGUAUUUAUCAGGAGGACUUGAUUAAGACAGGAUGAAGCAGCAGAAAUCGUUGAAAGGUUUAACAAUUGUAUCACUGAUUCUACUUACUCUCGUGUUCCAAGUUUUCGCCGAAUCGACAUUACCAUCCAUAGGAGUCAUCGCCAACGCGACGGUGGAUGAGGGAGAUGAUGUUUACUUAGACUGUCCCAUAACCAACAAAACCGCCGCUUCCAAGGUCCAAUGGUUUAGGGUGCUGCCAGGCUACCUUCAUAUCAGCAACGACGGAUCUCUCGUGACCAAGAACACGGAGAAGUAUGGCGUAAGGGCCACAACUACCACUUCGGUCAAGCAACAGGAAUUGAACACGGUGACCCUGAUUAUUAAGCACGCGAGCAAUGCAGACGUUGGCAGGUACAGGUGUCGUGUGCUCAUCUCCCAGGUGUCCUACCCACGUUGGCCAUCUAAGGAUGCAUUUGUCAGUAUUGCAGCGCCACCUAUGAUUCUGUCUGUGAGUAACACCAAAAUGGUGUCCGCCGUUGGCGAAGACGUCACGUUAACCUGUAGAGGUUACGGAGCACCCGAGCCCACCAUCACGUGGUACAAAGGUGACGCGGGAACCAACAUAAUGGGACAC